AUUUCGUCCGACCUGCAAGUGAAGAGAGAGAAGGCCCAAAAGCUUAUAAAUUUUUAGACGAUGAAAGUAGGAUUAUCAAAACACACUUUCAUUUUAUAGACAGUGUUGUAGUCUUUCUCACGAUGAUUAUAGACAAUGUGGAAGCCUUGAAGUCGUGGCUGGCAAAACUCCUGGAGCCAAUAUGUGAUGCUGACCCUUCAGCGUUAGCCAACUAUGUCGUGGCCCUUGUGAAGAAGGACAAACCGGAGAAAGAGCUGAAAGCACUCUGUGCUGAUCAACUCGAUGUCUUCCUGCAGAAAGAGACAACAGGGUUUGUUGAUAAACUAUUUGAAUGUCUGACAACUAAGAACUACCUGGGGAAUCCCCCUUCCAAGGACGCUCCUAAGGAGGAGGUCAAACAACUGGUUGUCAAGCCUGAUGCUGUGGAGGCUGAAACAGCAGAAGAGGAGAGAGAAAACAGGCGAAGGAGAAGUCCUCUAAGAAACCGCUCCGACUUCAAUGAGACCAGGAGCCGUGAUGACAGAAGGCGAGAUGAGCGCAAGCGUCGUGAGUUUGAGCGCCACGGGAAAGGUAGCAGCGACUCCCACCGUGAGCGGGAGCGUCAUGAGCGCCGCAGGGGCAGCCCUCGCGGGAGGAGCUACAGCCGCAGCCGGAGCCGCAGCCGGAGCAGAAGUGGGAGCCGAGGGAAGAGCAGGGACAGGGAGCACAGAGGAGGCAGAGACUUUAAGUCAAAGUUUGAGGCGGAAAGGAAGGAUUCUGACAGCUACAACUCCUCCGCCACCUCCGCCUCUCAGCAGCAGCAGCAGCAGCACCCACCUCCUCUCCUGCCUCUGCCCACCCCACCACACCCAUUCUCCUCAUCCUCCACUGGAGUUCCGGGAGCUGGCGGUGUUACCGUAGCAACACCGGCUCACCUGCCCGACAGCACCACAGACAGCUGGUCUGGUUACUUUGGCAACCAGAGGCAAGAUGGUGGCAGCAGCAAGCCAUUCAAUAACAAGAGCGGCUCACUCAAACAGCGCUGCAGGGAUUAUGAUGAGAAAGGGUUUUGUGUCCGUGGUGAUCUUUGUCCAUUUGACCAUGGCAAUGACCCACUCAUCGUCGAUGACGUGAACCUGCCUGCCAUGAUUCCGUUCCCACCCCCGCCUGUUAUGCCCCCUGCUGGCUUGCCCAUGCCCCCGAUCACAGAGCCGCCCCCCUCACUCAGGAUGCCCUCGAUGCCCCCCUAUGGCCAGCCCCCUCCACCAGGCGUCUUCCCCUUGACUGGACCCCCACUGAUAGCAACCAGUGGGAUCGACACCCCCAACCACCAGUCGGCAAUCACUUCUUCUCCUCCUAUCGGACCGCCUGGUGUGGGGCUGCCGCCUACUCUUCCUCCUCCUCCUCCUCCACCUCCUCCACCUCCUCCCUCUUCGUCCUCAUCUGUGUCUCUUCGUCCCCAAUAUGUCCAGUCUGAAUAUAACUACGACCCGGAGGGCUAUAACCCAGAGUCCCCAGGCCUGACUGGAGCAAGUCGUAACCCAUACCGACAGUUUAUUCCCCGGGUCCAGACCCAGCGCUCCAACCUCAUUGGGCUCACCUCAGGCGAAGGACAAGGCUCCAGAGCUGCCAACAUCGUGAUCCAGACGGAGCCUGCCACCGCAACCAGCACCUCUGGCAGCAGUGUGUCCCGGUUCAACACGGAGCAGGAGAGCAGGAAGAGAACCAUGGGACCCAGCACCACUGAGGGACUGCCAGCUAAAAAAGCUUGGAUGGAUAAGCCAAGCUUUAACAACCAACACAAGACCAGCUUCCCCAAGAGGAAUCACUAUGUAAACACCAAGCUGGAAGUACGCAAGAUCCCCCGUGAGCUCAACAACAUCACCAAGCUCAACGAGCACUUCAGCAAGUUUGGAACCAUUGUCAAUAUCCAGGUGGUGUUUGGUGGAGACCCGGAAGCAGCGUUGAUCCAGUACACAGCAAACGAAGAGGCCAGACGGGCCAUAUCCAGCACAGAGGCAGUUCUCAACAACCGCUUCAUCCGGGUUUACUGGCACCGUGAACCCGGUGUGACUCCCACAGGACUUCAGCAGCAGGAGCAGACCUCGGGCACCCAGGGGCCUGGGCCAGGCUCCAGCCAGGGGCCACAGCAUGGCAGCUUGCAUAAGGGGAUCAAGCAGCACAAUCCAGCAGCCUAUGUGUUGAACAAGACUGUACCGAAGCAUCGGCUAGCAGGAUCAGCUGUGCCCACAGCUGCAAGCAAGCUGGACAGCCUGCACCCAAGCACAGACCCUACCGCUGUGGCGUCUUCUUUGACAACCACCCAGAAGGGACCCUACACAUCUGCGGCCCUAAAGUCCUCCUCCAAGAGCCUGGGUAAAACUGCCAAAGCACUGGAAGCACAGGAGGCACUCAAGAAGAAACAGGAGGCGUUGAAACUCCAGCAGGACAUGAGGAAGAAGAAGCAAGAGAUGCUGGAGAAACAGAUUGAGUGUCAGAAGGCAUUGAUAAACCGUCUGGAGAAGAACCGAGGGAUGAAGCCUGAGGAGAGAGCCAACAUCAUGAAGACCCUGAAGGAGCUGACUGAGAAGAUUUCCCAGCUGCGCAAUGAGAUGAACCCGCCCUCCCAGGCCUCCAGCGCCAACCCAAACAACAGCCAGCCCAAGACCAAGAGUGACGCGAGUGUGGCCAGGGGACAUAACGAGGCCCAGAAAGAACUGUUGGAUGCCGAGCUGGAUUUCCACAAGAAAAUGAGCUCUGGAGAGGACACAACUGACCUCAGGAGAAAACUGGGACAGCUACAGGUGGAGGCAACACGGUUGGGUCUUAUCCGACCUCCAGGGGGUCGAGGUCGGGGCAGAGGCAAGAUGGCACUGGAGCCUGGAGCGAUGCACAUGGGCCGUGGCAGGGGCCGAAGCCGGGAGAUGAUGUCCCGAGGUGGGGCCAACCGCAUGGUGGUAGACCACAGACCCAGAGCCCUGUCCAUCCUGGGGGUCACCCAGGAGGAGAAGGAGGAGCUGAUGCCGCACUUUGUGAAAUUUGGUGAGAUCGAGGAUCUCCGUGACCAAGACGCCACCAGUGUGGUCAUGACCUUUAAGACACGAAGUGAAGCAGAGAAUGCAGCGAAUCAGGGGGCUAAGUUCAAAGGCCGUGUGCUGCAGAUAUCCUGGUAUAAGCCCAAGACACCCUCUGUUACAGCUGAGCCAGAGGAAGAAGAGGCUAAGGAGGAAGACAAUACAAAGGAAGUCAGCUCUUAUUUGCCUGGAGAGGAGGAAGAGGAGGAAGAAGAGGACGAUGAUGAAGACGAUGAGUACGAGAGCCGAUCUUGGAGACGAUGAAGGCAGUUUGUUCCACCAUAGCCAGCUCUCCAGACAGAUUAUUGGUUACUUUUUUCCACAUGCAGAUUAAAGUCCAUUCAAUGGAAAUCACAUUUUUUUUCUUUUUCAGUAUUUUGAGACUAAAUAAUUUUAGACUCUAAUCAAAGUAAAAACAGUGUCUUUACUUUAGUUGUUUGUGUAAAGAAGCUUAGAGGGAGGACAGUUUUUGUAUUCCUUGACUUAACAAAAUUAUUUAAAGCAUCUCACUUUUGCUGAGAAAGAUAAAUGUUAAGUUGUUCUUAUAGAUAGAAAAUCUAUGUCAGUUUCAUUGUGGUUACCAGAUGAUUAAUAUCAGUAAUGCACAACAUUUGUGUCAACUGUGAAUAGGUAUUUUUAUACAUAUUUAAGCUAUCUCUUUUCUCACCAGUUUUGAAAAGUCUUGUCCUCAGUUCAGGGACAGCCAUUCCAUCACCAAUAGAAAGUUCUCUGUUGACACCAGAGACAUUCCCCCCGACCCUGCCCACUGCAUUAGUGUAAGGUGCCCUAUCUAUAUUGGCACAGUAAGGUGUGGUUUUUCAUUUCAUUUAGCCUCACAGUUAGGUUUGGUAUUGGCAUUUCCAAAGUGGUAAAGCAUCCAGACAUCUUUUUAAUAGUGGCCCACUUUCAAAGGGAGUGCUGACAUGUUGACAUGAUUAUUUUUGCAUGCCACACUCCCAAACAAACAGCAGCACCCUGCUCAGCACCCAGAAGUGCUGAUGCUAUACCAUACCAUAACUGUAGUAGAGCCAGUGCAGGUACAGAAUGACACCGGUGCAAUAUAAACACCCUAACAAUGUUUACAAGUGGCAUCAGCAACAACUACUGUUGCUAUGUCCAUGCGAAUGAGAUACAGCCUAACUGUCUUGUCGUGAAAUAUUCUAGUUUUCCCCACUCGUAUUUUGUUGCUUACUCAAAAUCUGGUGCCACUGUAAAUAUAGCCUAAACACCCAGGAGGGUGUUCCACAUUUUCUAAGAAUGUGUAACAUUUUUCGCUUGUUUUGUUUCUCUGCCACCUGGUCAUCCAAGGGGCCUGGCAGGACAAGGAUCAGAUCACCCAUGUCAAAAAUGUCUGAGAUCCUUAGACAGGUGUUUGAAUGUAAUACUGAACAGUUGAUUUUAAUAUAUGAUUUUUUUUUCUUUUUUUGCCUUACAUAAUCAGCAGAUGGCUGAAUUUUUACAAGAUUUGUGAUUUACUUUUGUAAAUUUUGUAAAUGUUUUAAAGAGAAAUUACUGUUGAUACCUUUGUUUUUGUUUUCCAUAUUUGGUCAUUUCAAAUGAAUGACAAAACUGUGUCAGGUAGGAGAGGUCAACCAAGAGUGCACAGCAGCUUUGCUUAUCUGUAAGAAGUUUGUGUUUUCUGCUAAACCAGUCUUUGUGUUGUCACUUCACUGAAACUGUCAUCUGAGUAGCACAUUUCUUUUUAAAGGACUGUUCAGAGUCCCAAUGAGCUAUGGAAGAAACUUUGUUGAAGGACAUCGGGACUCAUGCACCGCUUACAAGCUUAAUUGUACAUUAAUGCUGUUUUGCCAGCAUCUGAAUAUGGGCAGACAGUGCUUUACUGCCACUCUGAAAAUGCAAGCAUCAGCUUUUUAGAGUGUGCACAUUUGAUGACAAAAAAGGUAUAUUUUGUAUUUUGUCUUUACACAUACUGUAUUUAAGAAUCCUCAGGGUGGCAGGAAUUAAAUUCAUGAAAGUUAAUAUGGAAAUAUCGUCACAACAAGUUAAUGCGAUUCAGUUUUUGUCUUUUUUGUUUUUUUGGGAGGGGGUUUUCUUUUUGGCAGCAAUUUAAAAAAAAUUUAAAAUCUUUUGAUGCUGCUCUGAAUCAGAGAACUAUGUUUACAUGCAGCCUAAUGUACUUAGAAGAUAUACAUAUUUCCAAAUCCACUGAGCUGAUCAUAUCCAGUAACCUAACCAGUGAAACAGCAGUAUAUUUGCUGCAAAAUAACCGAUAGUCUCACUAGACAAAGAUGCAUGCAGAUUCACAUGCGCACUUCUGGCUGCAUGUAAACACAGUCUGUAGUGUUGACUAGAGAAACAUGCUUGCUGAAUUGUAAACACAGUAAUAUGGGCAAGUUUCUCAAGUCCAGAGCAGAUUUUGUUUGGUUACGUUACAUACACUGGUACCAGAUGCGAAAUUGUGUAGAACCGCCUAAGAAUAUGCACGUUGUUUUGAAACCCAUGCUUUUAUAGCUUUGCGAUUUCUUCUCACCUACAGUAUGUUUCUGGUUAGCCCUUCUGUUUGGAUUGCAUAUCUCGCAUAUUUGAUGACUGUGUGAUAAGUCAAAGGCCUCCUGCCAGUGACCUCACCGCCCCGUUCAGAUUUCUAAGCUCCUCUUAAAAAGUGUUGUUCCCUCAAAGUCAAAGUUAUGGUUGUUUGAACGGUGUCCCAGUCAAAAUGAGGUUCAGGUAGCCAGCAAAUGGCCAGCCUAUUCCCCCAGGCAAGAAUCUGUUGUAAACUGGUUUGUGAACAAAUGAGUAGUUUGUAUAAAUUUGUUUUUCCCUUAAAAGUUAUUUUUGAGGUCACUGGCAAAGAGUUGUCAAGGACAAGUCCACUCUGGCAGGUUUCAUGCUUAUGUAAGCAAAGACUCAGAGGGUCUCCUCCCCACCUUUUGUACUAUCUUCUGUAUGCUACGAUGACACAAUAGUGUAAAAAAAAUGUAAAACAUUUAUUGGAUAAUAGUUUUGGAUUUGUUACUGUUUAUAUUUGCAGGAUGUGGAUGUAUUUUCUUGAUUUAUUUUGUUUGUAUAAAUGGAUUUCUAAUUUACUAGCAUGUUUGCUUUUGCCAAUAAAGAUGGAGGAAUGGGGUCCUUGGAAGAUGAUCAAGGAAAAAAAAAGAAAAAAGAGAGAAAGCAUUAAAAUAGAAUUUGAAUUGGAUGCUCAAAAAAGAACAUUGAGUUAAAAAAAAAAAAAGAAGAAGAAAUUUCA